GCUGCAACCACCAAACCAUCACACUAUGCAGUCGGCAGCUGCUCCACAUGCCCAUACUCAGCAUCUGUCACUAGGGCCUUGAUUUUCUCGAAAUGGGCAAAUCUGACAACAGCAGUCGCCACGUUUCGGCUGGUUCUAAAGCCAAUGUUGACAGCCACCAAGACGUCAGCGGUCCCUUCCUUCCACAUGCUCCCUCUAGCCUGAAUACCACCACAUCCAUUGAUGGCUCGGCUGACAUACGACGACGACAAUACUCAACGAAACCUCCACAGCAUACAUCGAGUCCGACCAUAGACACGACCUCUGAUGGCCUGGAGGAUCAAACUUCUCGAGUCAUAUCCCUCCUUGAUGUUCUCCGAGUCCUCAUAACGCUGAUCGGCGUCUCUUGUGCUCUCUCAUACUACUUGACAUCUGGGUCAUCAUUACUCUGGGGCUACCACCCAUGGUUUGCAAAUACAGCACAAGUUACACAGUGGUGGAAAGGACCAAUCACCUUAACCCCAGAAGAACUGCUUGCAUUCGAUGGCUCUGAUCCUACUAAGCCCAUUUAUCUUGCAAUCAACGGCAGAAUCUUUGAUGUAUCUGCUGGUGGUCACACCUACGGGCCUGGGGGCAGUUAUUCGGUUUUCGCUGGCCGCGAUGCCACGCGGGCAUUUGUGACAGGUUGUUUUUUGGAAGAUCGGACAGGCGACCUACGAGGCGCUGAAGCAAUUUACAUACCAAUUGACGAUCCCGACGAGAUUAUCACGAGCGGUGAGAGGAAGAUCCGGGCGGAACAGGAAGCAAGAAAGGCUAGAACCAAAGUACAACAGGAAGUCGAGAAGUGGGAAAAGUUCUACCAGAAUCACAAGAAAUACUUCGAAGUUGGUAAACUAGAAGCUGUGCCACGAUACGAUGGUCCACCACCUGAGUUGUGUAAGCAGGCGAUGAAGGGUCGGCCUAAAAGGAAGAACCAGAAAACGCAUCAACAACCUGAAGCCUCAGGUAAACCGGUCCAUUGAAGAUCUCGUGAACAAUCAGCUCACGCAGUUGAUACUAAUAGAGCAACCAAUGCAUUGAAGCCGUGGUAA